AUGGGAAAAGAUUCUUGUAUUCUUGUACGUGCCACAUUGGAUAGCGCUAGGCAGACAUCCACCCAAUUCAACGGUGAUCUGUUGGAUACAAUCAGUAGUGACGAAAUUAAACAACUGAAUGCGUUCACCAACACCAGCCCACAGCUUGCCCUGGAGGCGGCGAAACAAUCGGACGAGCGGCGGGCACAUGGGGCUGCCAAGGGUCGCUUAGAUGGGGUGCCGAUCGUUGUAAAGGACAACUUCUGUGUACAGCGGACAACCACUACUUGCGCUUCUCGAAUGCUAAAAGACUUCGCCGCACCAUAUACUGCUACUGCGGUGGAUCGCUUGCUUAAAGAGGGAGCCGUCCUCCUUGGAAAGGCUAAUAUGGAUGAAUUUGCGAUGGGCGCGUUGGGAAGCGACACCGGAGGAAGUGUGCGUUUGCCAGCCUCUUAUUGCGGCGUGGUGGGGUAUAAACCGACCUAUGGGCUCGUAUCACGCCAUGGUCUGGUCUUAUAUGGCAGUUCACUCGACUGCCCUUCGAUUAUUACUAGUGUUGUCGAGGAUGCCGCUAUAAUGCUUGAUACCAUAAGUGGCGAGGACCCGCUCGAUACCAUGACCACUGAGGGCGAUCACACACCAUUUACGUACGCCGAAUACAAAGACCAGGUAACUGGACUUCGUGUCGGAGUACCCAAGGAGUACUACACCGAGGAAGUGUCUGACGAAGUACUGCGGGUGUGGAGGGAAACUAUAGACACACUCGAAGGUCUUGGAGCGGAGGUCUGUAGUGUUAGCCUUCCAAACACACGGCACGCUUUGCCUACCUACUACAUCCUGGCUCCGGCUGAAGCCUCAUCGAACCUGGCUCGAUUCGAUGGAGUGCAGUAUGGGCAUCGAGCCGAUGCUGACCGGGAUAGCUCAUUCGUGCACACUCGCGGUGAAGGCUUUGGAGAUGUGGUCAAAGCACGAGUUAUUCUUGGGACGUUCUGCCUUUCCAGAGAUGUCUUCAAGCACGAUUAUUACGAUCAUGCAAUGCGGGUUCGCACCAAGAUUCGGGAUGAUUUUGAUCGUGUAUUCUCGGCUCAUACGCAAGGAGAAAAUCAAGCCAAAAAUUCAGCGGAUACCUCCGUCGACAGAUCACAGGUUGACUUACUAUUGACGGCCGUUGCGUGCGGUACGAGCCCAACCGUGAACGAAUGGAACAAUUUAUCAGGCGCUGACCACAAUGCGAACGAUGUUUUCACGGUCCCCGCAUCCCUGGCUGGUCUCCCGGCUAUCAGCAUCCCCAUCGGCGAGGACGGGCGUACCGGGAUGCCCAUCGGAAUGCAACUGAUAGGGCCAGCACACUCUGACGCCCGUGUGCUCUCAGUGUCGCACGCACUUAUGGAGGUAGCUAGACGAGAACGCUGA